GUGGUUGAGAAGCGGCAAACAAUACACAGUCCGCAAUCUCCGUCGAUAUGUCCGGAUACCAGGGCAAAAAGAACAUCCCUCGCAUCACUAGUGAUCGUCUGCUUAUCAAAGGGGCGAAGAUUGUGAAUGAUGAUCAGUCCUUCCAUUCUGACAUCUAUAUGGAGGAUGGUGUUAUUAAACAAAUUGGGGAGAACCUCAUUGUUCCUGGUGGGGUGAAAACCAUUGAUGCCCAUGGCAGGAUGCUGAUCCCUGGUGGCAUUGAUGUGCACACCCGAUUCCAGAUGCCUGACCGGGGCAUGACUGCUGCAGAUGACUUCUACCAGGGCACUCGUGCUGCUCUCGCUGGAGGCACCACUAUGAUCAUUGACCAUGUGGUGCCAGAGCCAGGCGUUAGCCUUCUAGCUGCAUUUAACCAGUGGAGGGAAUGGGCGGACAGCAAGUCAUGCUGUGAUUACUCACUGCAUGUAGACCUCACGGAGUGGCACAAGGGCAUGCAAGAGGAGAUGGAGACCCUGGUGAAGGACCAUGGUGUCAACUCUUUCCUGGUCUAUUUGGCCUAUAAGGAUGUUUUCCAGCUUAAUGAUUCCCAGAUGUAUGAGGUGUUCAGUGUGAUCCGAGACCUGGGAGCCAUUGCCCAGGUGCAUGCUGAGAACGGGGAUAUCAUUGCUGAGGAGCAGAAAAGAAUCCUGGAGUUAGGCAUCACUGGCCCAGAGGGUCAUGUUCUCAGUCGCCCAGAAGAGGUGGAAGCUGAGGCAGUCAAUCGUGCAGUAACAGUGGCCAAUCAAACCAACUGCCCCCUGUACAUCACCAAGGUGAUGAGCAAGAGUGCUGCUGAUGUCAUCGCUCAGGCCAGGAAAAAAGGUACUGUAGUGUACGGAGAGCCCAUCGCUGCUAGUCUGGGCACUGAUGGCACUCACUACUGGAGCAAGAACUGGGCCAAGGCUGCUGCCUACGUGACAUCUCCUCCUUUGAGCCCGGACCCCACCACCCCUGACUAUCUCAACUCUCUGCUUUCCUGUGGUGAUCUGCAGGUAACUGGCAGUGCUCACUGUACCUUUAACACCUCUCAGCGAGCUGUAGGCAAAGACAACUUCACCCUCAUCCCAGAGGGCACCAAUGGCACUGAGGAGAGGAUGUCCAUCAUCUGGGACAAGUGUGUGGUGACUGGUAAGAUGGAUGAGAAUCAGUUUGUGGCUGUGACCAGCACCAACGCGGCCAAGAUUUUUAACCUGUACCCACGUAAGGGCCGCAUCGCUGUGGGCUCUGAUGCUGACUUGGUGCUAUGGGACCCUGAUGUCACUAAGAUUAUCUCUGCCAAGAGCCACAACCUGGCAGUUGAAUAUAAUAUCUUUGAGGGUGUGGAGGUGCGUGGUGCUCCCUUAGUGGUGAUCAGUCAAGGUAAGAUUGUUCUGGAGGAUGGAAACCUCCACACUACUGAGGGAUCAGGACGUUACAUAACCCGCAAAACCUUCCCUGACUAUGUUUACAAGAGGAUAAAGGCUCGCAGUAGGUAACCUCUUUAUCCUGGUCAUGGUCCGGUGGAUCCAGAGUCUUUACCGGGAACACAGGGUAGAAGCAAGAAUGCAGCGAGUUUGGAAAGUAUUCAGACCUCUUAAAUUUAAAGUUAAUUGCUUUUACAUUUUUGCCCAUCCUUCUGCACACAAUAAAAAUGACAAAGCAAAAUUUUUUGCAAAUUUAUUAAAAAUCCAAAACUAAAAUCUCCCAUUUAGUAAGUAUUCAGGCCCUUUAUUUAGUACUUUGUAGAAGCAUCAUUGGCUGCAAUUACAGUUUUGAGUCUUCUUGGGUAAGUCUCUACAAGUUUUGCACACCUGAAUUUUGGCUGUUUCUCCCAUUCUCCCUGGAGUUCUCUCUCCUCACCAGUCAACAUCAAACUGGGUUUAUGAGCCCACUGUACACCCUGGAUGGGAUGCCAGACCAUCUCAGGGCAUCACACACACAUAUUUCAUGUUUUUGGGAGAUGGGAAGAAGCCAGAGAACCUGGAAGAAAUCCAUACAGACAUGGGGAGAACAUGCAAAUCUCCAUACAGACAGUAACCCAAACUCAGGAUUAAACCAGGAACCCUCGAGCUGAGGCAGCAAUACUACCUGCUGGGUUUUCAUAAAUCUGAAACUAAAUUCAGUGUCACAUACAGACAGCUCCAUGAAUUUUGGAACUCUUGCUAGACUUGCAAGAUAGCAGUGCCCUUGAGGAUCUGGAUAGAUUCUGUAUUGAGGAGCAGUCAGAUUGUUUGGUCUGAAUGCUCCAAUCUCAUCAGGCACUACAGGAAUAACUCAAAGCUGUUGUUCAGGCAAAGGGAGGCUACACAACAUGCUAAAUGUUUAUCAGGGGUGCCAAUAAU